AUGACGACACGCUCGCUAAACGUCCUGCUCGCUCUCCCUGACUCCUCCACCCACGAAUUUGGUCACAGAAUUGCCGCCCGCCUGCACCGCAUCCCCGACGUCUCGCUCCAGGUCAUCGCUGGCCAUGAUUUUCCACCUUCCUCGCACAUAGUGCCCCCCGCGCUCGAGCCCGUGUGGCACCGAUACGAUGUCGAGAGCAACGCCAAACCGGAGUGGCAGCAUGCAGACUAUGCCGACACAAAGGUGGCCGAAUACUGCCAGUGGGCCCAUCUGCUCGUGCUGGCACCCCUUGACGCCGAAAACAUAGCCCGCAUGCUGCAUGGCUUCACCAGCAACUUGCAUCUCCAGGUGCUGCGUAGCUGGGACGUCUCUAAGAAGAUCCUGCUCAUCCCCGCCAUGUCCACACUCAUGUGGGAGCAUCCCAUGUCGAAGAAACAGAUCAGCAAGAUCCGGAGGAAGUGGAACUGGAUACGCGUGCUGCCACCCUAUCUAUGGACAUUUGACCACAUGGGUCGCAAGUACCAGCUUUGGGAGGGACACAAGGCCUUCAACGAGUCCAUGCAGACCCAGAUUGACCUGAUGGCUGUGGGUGACGGCCGCAUCGCAUUGCCGAUAGCCCAUAUGCCCACGCUCACUCCGACAAAGAGCAAAGGACCUCGCUUGCCCCCAGAGUUAUGGUCUAUCAUCCUGGAGUUUACAGAGGAUUGGGAGCUUGCGGCCAUGCUCGGCGUUCGCACGGCGCUCCCCAUCCCACCGGAAUGGCGCCAGGCCGCCAGCGAAGAGGGCCCGAAAAACCAAAUGCAGAGGCUCGAGUGGACCUUGCUGACAGGCACAUACGCGGACAUAAGGGCAUCGCUUGAUGCGGAACCCCCGACGCGCAUAUCGCGCCUCUGCAUCGAGCUCAUCAUGCGCUUCGCCAUGGUGCCUGUGCUUACGCACUUGGAACACGCACACAAAGAACUUUUCUGGGGCACAUUUGGUCAUGCCUUUCUGCCACACAAAGCCUCCGUCUUCGGAAGGACGGAGAUCCUGGAGUAUUGGAGAACCUCGCCGACCUUUCUCACCAAAGAGUACUCCACCGAGGCUAUGGAUAGUGCAAGUCGGUCCGGUUCUAUCCAAGCUCUGGACUGGUGGUUCGACUCGGGUCUGCCACUCAAGUUCACCGAGUCUGCUCUGGAGGCAGCCAGCUCUCAAGGUCACAUCGAGGUGUUGGAAUGGUGGAAGGAACACAGUAGAUACCGCUCGGAACCCGCACCGUCUCCCUCCCCAACGGGGCGCAAGGAUGAGGCGCAGAACAGGCGACCGCUCCUGUCGCUCAAGGUUGGCAAGUCAAUCACGUACGCUACGCAGGCAGGCUGCCUGCCCGCCGUUGUCUUCUGGGUGGAAUCCGGAAUUCCCUUUUCUCACGAGGACACGAUAGCGAAGCUUGCCUCGGCGCACGGUCACACACGGAUACUCAACUACUGGCACAGACAUUGUGGGGAGAAGAUGCUAUUCGACAACCAGGUCCUCGUAGGCCCCACCAAGAUGGGGCACGCAGACGUGUUGGAAUGGUGGAAGCGUAGCGGCCUACGAGUGGAGUACAAGACAUGCGACAUCGAAGAGGCACUGGAGGAUGGCGUGGAGGGUGAGGCGGGCGAGGACGUGAGGAAGUGGUGGGCUCGUAACGGGUUGAAUCUCGGCGUAGGCACGAGCGAAUGGAUGAGGGUCAAAGUGCUCGGAUCGUAG